AUGUCUGGAGGGAGUUCUCACAGAAAAUGUUCCCGAAAAAGCAAAGAUGACCUCAAAAUCAUUGACGUGGGAGCUGGGACAGGAUUAAUAGGAAUAGAACUUCAAAAACUUGGUUACAGUAAUCUUCACGCGCUGGAUAUUUCACCUGAAAUGUUAAAAGAAGCAAAGAAACGGAACAUUUCCAAGAGGUUUUUUUGUGUCGGAUUAAGUGACCAACAGAUUUCCGAAAUACAAACAGGAGAGUUUGAUGCUCUUAUAUGUGCUGGUACCCUCCUCACUGGGCAUAUCAGGGCAGCUGCUUUUGAAGAAAUGGUCAGGAUGGUGAAACAUGGUAUAAUAACUAAUCAUUGAUUGUUAUUGUUGCUGCAGUCAGGGCCUCUGAUAGAGUGCAAAAAAUACUAGGAGAUUAAGUGGAAUUUUCUGAAGGUCACGUUACAUGACGUUUGAGGAACGGGCGUAGAAAUUCCAUACUGAUGACAACUGAUAACACGUCUCCAUAGCUACCCAGAUCUGGGUAGUACUUCUGAUUAAACCAAGCAAAUUUUCAACCAAUCACAAACAGUACCCAUAUCUGGGUAGUGACGCGUCAUCAGUAUGGAAUUUCUGCAGUCAUUCCUCAAAAGUUAUAUCACGCGGAGUAAUGGCGUCGUGAAAUGUCGGCUGCUUUCUCGGGCUAGAUAAUCAGAAGCUCGCUGUUGUUGUUGCUUUGUUUGUUUUUGUUCUCAUCAUGCUCACGAAAUGAAGAUUAAUUUAUACAAUUAUUUCAUUUUAAUUAUUUUUGUAGGUGGUGUAAUCUGCUUCAACAUCCGGGAUAAUCAGCUGGUUGACUACCAAGCAAAAAUACGGGAACUUGAAAAAGCGGCAAGAUGGGAAGUGAUCACUAAGAAUGUAGUGUCUUUUUUUGAAAGUAAGGAAAUUUUUGACAAGUCUGACGCGUUUUUUUUUUUUAUCUUCAAUUUUUAA